GUAGAAAUAACACUUCAGGAUAUCAAUGACAACCCACCAGUUUUCCCCACAGACAUGCUCGAUCUGACUGUGGAGGAGAAUAUAGGAGAUGGAUCCAAAAUACUGCAGCUGACAGCCAUGGAUGCCGAUGAGGGAGCCAAUGCCCUGGUCACAUACACCAUCAUCAGCGGGGCUGACGACAGUUUCCACAUUGACCCCGAGUCGGGGGAGCUGAUCGCCACCAAGCGCCUGGACCGCGAGCGCCGCUCCAAGUACUCGCUGCUGGUGCGCGCCGACGACGGCCUGCAGUCCUCGGAUGUGAGGAUAAACAUCACCGUCAGCGACGUCAACGACCACAUCCCCAAAUUCUCCAGGCCUGUCUACUCCUUCGACAUCCCAGAAGAUGCCACUCCAGGUUCCUUGGUGGCAGCCAUCCUCGCCACCGACGACGACUCAGGUGUCAACGGGGAGAUCACGUACACCGUGAGCGAGGAUGAUGAGGAGGGGAUCUUCUUCCUGAAUCCCGUCACCGGGGUGUUCAACCUGACCCGGGCGCUGGACUAUGAAGCGCAGCAGUAUUACAUCCUCACCGUGCGUGCUGAGGAUGGGGGCGGCCAGGCCACGGCCAUCAGGGUGUAYUUCAACAUCCUGGACAUCAAUGACAACCCGCCCGUGUUCGCCAUGGCCUCCUACAGCACCUCCCUGAUGGAGAACCUGCCCCCGGGAUCCGCCAUCCUCAACUUCAGCGUCACCGACGCCGACCACGGCUCCAACUCUCAGCURUCGUUCAGCAUCGCCUCCGGGGACAGCGCGGGGCAGUUCGCCAUCGACAGCCGCGGGGUGCUGAGCAUCCGGCAGCCUCUGGAUCGGGAGAGCCAGUCCUUCUACAGCCUGGUGGUGCAAGCCCACGACAUGGCCCCCCCUCCAGCCUCCAGGUACACCAGCACGGCCCAGGUGUCCAUCAUCCUGCUGGAUGUGAACGACAGCCCCCCCAGCUUCAUCUCCCCGAAGCUGACCUACGUCCCYGAGAACACGCCCAUAGACACGGUGGUGUUCAGGGCGCAGGCGACCGAUCCCGACAGCGGCCCCAACAGCUACAUCGAGUACAGCCUGCUCCGGCCUCCGGGAAACAAGUUCAGCAUCGGGACCAUCGAUGGGGAGGUGAAGCUCACCGGGGAGCUCGACAGAGAAGCCGUGGCCAACUACACCUUGACUGUGGUAGCCACAGACAAGGGCCAGCCGUCCCUUUCGUCAUCUACGGAUGUGGUGGUCGUAGUCCUGGACAUCAACGACAACAACCCGCUGUUCGCCCAGAAGCUGUACAGAGUGGAGGUGGCAGAAGAUACUCUGACGGGGACGGAUUUAAUCCAGGUGCUGGCUACGGACGGAGACGAAGGGACCAACGGGCAGGUCCGCUAUGCCAUCAUCAGUGGAGAUGGCAGCAAUGAGUUUCGGAUCGAUUCCGUGACGGGGGUGAUCACGGUGGCCAAGCCUUUGGAUAGAGAGAGGAAGCCUUCCUACACGCUGACCGUUCAGUCAUCUGACCGCGGGAGCAGCCCCAGGACCGACACYGCCACGGUCAGCAUUGUUCUGAGGGAUGUCAACGAUUUCAUUCCCACCUUUGAACUUUCUCCCUACUCUGUGAACGUCCCUGAAAAUUUGGAGACGCUCCCUAAAGUUAUUCUUCAGGUUGUGGCAAGGGAUGACGACCAAGGGUUGAACAGCAAGCUGAGCUACAUGCUGGUGGCUGGCAAUGAGGAGGGAGCCUUCACUCUGUCGGGCAGCGGAGAGCUGCGCCUGGAGCGGAGCCUGGACAGGGAGGCCAAGGAGCAGUACCUGCUGCUGGUCACAGCUUCUGAUACAGGAUCUCCUGCCCUCACUGGCACUGGAACCAUUGCUGUCACAGUGGAUGAUGUCAAUGACAAUGUCCCCGCGUUCGCCUUUAACAUGUAUUUCGCCACGGUUCCGGAGGAUGCUCCCACRGGGACAGAUAUUUUGCUCGUCAACUCCUCGGAUGCUGAUGCUUCCACAAAUGCUGUUAUUAGCUACAGGCUGACGGGCGGCAAUUCCCAAUUCACCAUCAACCCCUCUACAGGCCAGAUCAUCACCAGUGCUCUCCUGGACCGAGAGGCCAGGGAGAAYUACACCCUGGUGGUGGUGGCCAGCGACGGGGGCGUGCCCAGGGCCCUGUCCAGUUCCACCAGCGUGCUCGUGUCCGUGGCCGACGUGAACGACAACCCGCCCAAAUUCCAGCACCACCCCUACGUCACACACGUGCCAUCACCCACUGCUUCAGGCUCGUUUGUGUUUGCUGUGACCGUCACCGAUGCAGAUGCCGGCUCCAACGCCGAGCUCCAUUAUUCCCUCGUGGGGAAGAACUCUGAGAAAUUCCACAUCGAUCCAGCAAGAGGGGCGAUCCUGGCAGCAAAACCACUGGCGGGAGAAUCCGAAGUCACCAUUUCCGUUCACGUGAGGGACGGUGGCCGGUACCCCAAGACAGAYUCUACCACGGUCACCGUGAGGUUUGUGGACAAAGCCGAAUUUCCUCGCGUGCAGGCGGAUCAGGAGACCUUCACGUUUCCUGAAAACCAAGCAGUUGGGACGCUCGUCACCACCGUCUCCGGGUCUUCAGCCAGAGGAGGCUCCUUAUCUUACUACAUCGCCAGCGGUAACCUGGGCAGCACCUUCCUGGUGGACCAGGUGACGGGACAGCUUUCUGUGGGGCGGGCUUUGGAUUUCGAAGCCAUACAGAAAUAYGUGGUGUGGAUUGAGGCCAGGGACACGGGCUUUCCCCCCUUCUCCUCGUACAAGAAAUUGGAAGUGUCGGUGAUUGAUGUCAAUGAUAAUGCGCCGGAAUUUGAGCAAGAUCCCUUCAUUGCAGAAAUAGCAGAGAACCUGUCCCCGCGGAAAAUACUGACGGUGGCUGCUGUCGACAGGGACAGCGGUCUAAAUGGACAGCUAAACUAUGAAAUAAUUAAGGGCAACACUGAAAACAGUUUCAKCAUCAAUCGAGCCACUGGUGAGAUCAGAAGCGUCCGGCCCUUGGACAGGGAGAGACUGUCUCAGUACACACUAACCGUAAAAGCUUCGGAUAAAGGCACUCCGCUGCAGAGCACGACCGUCAAAGUUAUCAUUAAUAUUUUAGAUGAAAAUGACAAUGCUCCAAGGUUUUCCCAGAUAUUCAGUGCUUCUGUGCCUGAAAAUGCCCCUCUGGGUUUUACAGUMACCCGGGUCACGACAUCAGAUGAGGACAUUGGGGUGAACGCGGUCAGCAGGUACUCCAUAAGGGACACGAGUCUYCCGUUCACCAUAAAUCCCAGCACUGGGGACAUCACCAUCAGCAGGCCACUGAACAGGGAGGACACYGACCGCUACAGGAUCAGGGUCUCUGCGCAUGACUCAGGGUGGACAGUGAGCACAGAUGUCACCAUAUUUGUCACGGAUGUCAAUGACAAYGCCCCACGAUUUACAAAACCGUCCUAUUACCUGGAGUGUCCCGAGCUUCCUGGGAUUGGGCUGAAGGUCACCCAGGUUUCAGCCACCGAUCCAGAUGAGGGCUCAAACGGCCAGGUCUUCUACUUCAUAAAAUCCCAGUCCGAGUUCUUCCGCAUUAACGCGACCACRGGGGAGAUUUUCAACAAGCAGUACCUGAGGUACCAAAACUCCAGCGGUUCCAGCAAUGUCAACAUCAACAGGCACAGCUUCAUCGUGACCUCGUCAGACCGGGGCAGUCCCCCGCUGGUGAGCGAGACCACCGUCACCAUUAACAUCGUGGACAGCAAUGACAACGCACCGCUCUUCCUCACUCCUAAAUAUUUCACUCCUGUUACUAAGAACGUGAGGGUUGGCACAAACUUAAUUAAAGUGACUGCGGUGGAUGACAAGGACUUUGGCUUGAAUUCUGAAGUGGAGUAUUUCAUGUCUGAUGAGAGCAAAACCAAUAAAUUCAGGCUGGACCGGAGUACAGGCUGGAUUUCUGUGUCUUCUUCACUAAUGGCUGAUUUGAACAAAAACUUCCUGUUUAAAGUGAAAGCCAAGGACAAGGGUAAUCCCCCACUCUCAUCUGAGGCAGCUGUUGAAAUAGUAGUGACAGAAGAAAAUUACCAUACACCGGAGUUUUCCCAGAGCCGAAUGAGCAUUACUAUCCCAGAGASUCACUCUGUUGGCACGGUGGUCAGGACAGUUUCAGCACGAGACAGAGAUGCUGCUAUGAAUGGAUUAAUCAGAUACAAUAUUUCCUCAGGAAAUGAAGCUGGAAUCUUUGCUAUUAAUACAACCACCGGUGCGCUGACGCUAGCCAAACCACUGGAUUUUGAGUUGCACCAAAAGCACGAGCUGGUYGUCACUGCCACAGAUGGAGGAUGGGUGUCCAGAACAGGCUACUGCAGUGUCACUGUCAAUGUCAUUGAUGUCAAUGACAAUUCCCCAGCAUUCAGCCCCGAGGAAUACUUCCCCACYGUGUUAGAGAAUGCCCCCAGUGGCACAACUGUUAUUUGUUUAAACGCCACCGAUGCAGACUCUGGGUCUAACGCUGUGAUUGCGUAUGCCAUUCAGUCCUCAGACAGCGACCUCUUYGUCAUUGACCCCAACACGGGAACCAUCACCACCCAGGGAUUUCUAGAUUAUGAAACAAAACAGAGUUACCAUUUAACAGUAAAGGCUUUUAAUGUUCCAGAUGAGGAGAGGUGCAGCUUUGCUACUGUCAACAUCCAGUUAGAAGGGACRAAUGAGUAUGUGCCCCGCUUUGUGUCCAAGCUUUAUUAUUUCGAGGUUUCAGAGGCAGCCUCCAAAGGUACUGCUGUAGGUGAAGUUUUUGCAAGUGAUCGYGAUAUGGGAAUUGAUGGAGAAGUCCACUACCUCAUCUUUGGCAACAGCAGAAAGAAGGGCUUCCAGAUAGAUGAGAAAAGUGGCCAGAUCUAUGUUUCAGGACCUCUUGACAGAGAAAAAGAAGAACGAAUCUCUUUGAAAGUCCUCGCRAAAAAUCUGGGGAGCAUUCGUGGUGCAGAUAUAGAUGAAGUAACCGUUAAUAUCACAAUCCUGGAUGCCAACGAUCCUCCUGUUUUUACCUUGGGAACCUACAACGUACGAAUCAGCGAGGGUGUUCCACCAGGCACCCAUGUCACAUUUGUCAGUGCCUUUGACUCUGAUUCUGUCCCCAGCUGGAGCAGGUUUUCCUAUUUCAUCGGGUCCGGCAACGAGAACGGCGCCUUCUCCAUCAACCCACAGACAGGACAGGUGACGGUCACUGCAGAGCUGGAUCGAGAAACGCUGCCCAUCUACAACCUGUCCGUGCUGGCCAUCGACUCGGGAACGCCGUCUGCCACAGGAAGUGCCUCCCUGCUGGUAACUUUGGAAGAUAUCAACGACAACGGCCCUACCUUGUCCACCAGCCAAGGGGAAGUCCUGGAGAACAACCGUGCGGGAACUCUGGUGAUGACGCUUCAGUCGUCAGAUCCCGAUCUGCCUCCCAACCAAGGUCCUUUCACUUAUUACCUGCUCAGCACCGGCCCCGCCACCAGCUACUUCAGUCUCAGCACCUCUGGCGUCCUGACUACAACGAGGGAGAUUGACAGGGAGCAAAUCAGCGAUUUCUACCUGUCAGUGAUCACCAGAGACUCUGGCGUUCCUCAGAUGUCUUCCACAGGRACUGUGCAGAUCAAGGUAAUAGACCAAAACGACAACCCGUCUCAGCCCAGAACGGUAGAAAUCUUUGUUCAUUAUUAUGGCAACCUCUUCCCAGGUGGAAUUUUGGGCAACGUAAAGCCGCAGGAUCCGGAUGUGCUGGACAGCUUCCAGUGCUCCCUCACGUCRGGAGUCACCAGCCUCUUCAGCAUUCCCGGGGGCACCUGCGAGCUGCACUCGCAGGCCAGGUCCACGGACGGCACGUUUGACCUGGCCGUGCUCAGCAACGACGGCUUGCACGGCGCYGUCACCAGCAGCGUGCGGGUUUUCUUCGCGGGCUUCAGCAACGCCACCAUCGACAACAGCGUCCUGCUGCGCCUGAGCGCCCACAGCGUGCGCGACUUCCUGACCAACCACUACCUGCACUUCCUGCGCAUCGCCAGCUCCCAGCUCACCGGGCUGGGCACGGCAGUCCAGCUCUACGGGCUCUACGAGGACAGCAACCACACCUUCCUGAUGGCGGCCGUCAAGCGCGGCGGCAACCAGUACGUCAACCCCAGCGGCGUGGCCACCUUCUUCGAGAGCAUCAAGGACGUCCUCUUCCGCCAGAGCGGGGUGCGCGUCGAGGCCGUGGACCACGACUGGUGCCUGCAGAGCCCCUGCCAGAAUGGAGGGAGCUGCCUGAGGAGGCUGGCGGUGGGCCCGGCUCUGCAGAGCCAUGAGAGCGUCCCUGUUGUCAUCGUGGCCAACGAGCCACUGCGGCCCUUCGUGUGCCGCUGCCUGCCGGGCUACGACGGGAGCCUGUGCGAGACCGACAUCGAYGAGUGCCUGCCCUCCCCAUGCCACAACGACGGCACUUGCCACAACCUGGUGGGGGGCUUCUCCUGCAGCUGYCCCGAGGGCUUCACCGGCAUGGCUUGCGAGAGGGACAUCAACGAGUGCCUUUCCAACCCCUGCAAAAACGGGGCCGCCUGCCAGAACUUCCCAGGAAGCUUCAACUGCGUGUGUAAAACAGGCUACACAGGGAAAACGUGUGACUCCACUGUCAACUACUGUGAGUGCAACCCCUGUUUCAAUGGUGGCUCCUGCCAAAGUGGCCUGGAGGGCUAUUUCUGCCACUGUCCCUUCGGUGUUUUUGGGAACCACUGUGAACUGAACAGUUACGGCUUUGAAGAGCUGUCSUACAUGGAGUUCCCCAGCAUGGAUCCCAACAACAAUUACAUCUACAUCAAGUUUGCCACCAUCAAAAGCAACGCCCUGCUGUUGUAUAACUACGACAACCAGACCGGAGAGCGGGCRGAAUUCCUGGCCUUGGAAAUAGCAAAGGGGAAGCUGAGGUUCUCCUACAACCUGGGCAGUGGCACCUACAAGCUCAGCACAGCCAAAACCGUGUCUGAUGGGCAGUUCCACACCGUCAUCGCCCGCCGCGCCGGAAUGGCAGCAUCCCUGACAGUGGAUUCCUGCUCUGARGAUCAAGAGCCAGGCUACUGCACUGUUAGCAACGUUGCUGUUUCAACUGACUGGACUCUGGAUGUGCAGCCAAAUCGAGUUACUGUUGGUGGCAUCAGGUCCAUAGAGCCCAUCCUUCAGAGGAGAGGACAGGUGGAGAGCCACGAUUUCGUGGGCUGCAUAAUGGAGUUUGCAGUCAAUGGACGGCCCCUGGAGCCCAGCCAGGCUUUGGCAGCUCAAGGAAUCCUAGAUCAGUGUCCCAGACUGGAAGGCACCUGCACUACCAGCCCCUGCCAACACGGUGGCACUUGUGUCGAUCAGUGGUCGUGGCAGCAGUGUCACUGCAAGGAUGGACUGACAGGAAAGCACUGUGAAAAAUAUGUCACUGCUGACACAGCCCUGUCGCUGGAGGGAAAGGGCCGCCUCGACUACCACAUGAGCCCCAACAAGAAGCGUGACUACCUGCUGAGGCUGGGGGCUCGCCCGGCCGUGGAGCGCCUGGAAGUGAAGUUCAGGACGAGGAGCGAGAACGGCGUUUUACUGCACGUCCAAGAGAGCAGCAACUUCACUACUGUGAAGAUAAAAGCGGGGAAGGUGCACUACAUAUCCGAUGCUGGAGUUGCUGGGAAGGUGGAAAGGAACAUCCCUGAGGUGUACGCUGCUGAUGGCCAAUGGCACUCGGUGCUCCUGGAGAAGAACGGCUCUGCCACCAUCCUGUCSGUGGACAGGACCCACAGCCGGGACAUUCUCCACGCCACUCAGGACUUUGGGGGGCUCAAUGUCCUCACCAUUUCUCUGGGAGGAAUUCCUUCCAGCCAACCUUUCAAGAGCACAGUUGCAGGCUUCGACGGCUGCAUCUCCUACAUCAAGUACGGCGAGGAGAGCCUGCCGUUCUCCGGGAAGCACAGCCUGGCCACGCUGUCCCGGACGGACCCGUCGGUGAAGAUGGGCUGCCGYGGCCCCAACGUGUGCGCCAGCAGCCCGUGCUGGGGCGAGCUCAUGUGCGUCAACCGCUGGUUCUCCUACCAGUGCGUGCCGCCGGGAGCCUGCGCCUCCGCGCCCUGCCUGAACGGCGGCAGCUGCGAGCCCRGCCCGCACGGCUACACCUGCAGCUGCCCCGAGGCGUACGUGGGACGGAGCUGCGAGACGCUGCUGGCCUGCCUGGGUGUGCUGUGUGCCCCCGGACACGAGUGUCGGGCGGCAGCAGGCGGCGGUCACGCGUGCCUCCCGUCCCCGCAGCCCGCCGAGCUGGCGCUGCCGCUCUGGGCCGUGCCGGCCAUCGUGGGCAGCUGYGCCACCGUGCUGGCGCUGCUGGUGCUCAGCCUCAUCCUCUGCAACCAGUGCCGAGGGAAGAAGGCCAAGGGGCCCAAGGAGGAGAAGAAGACCAAGCAGAARAAGAAGAAAAAGGGGAGCGAGAACGUGGCGUUCGAUGACCCCGACAACAUCCCGCCCUACGGYGACGACAUGACCGUCAGGAAGCAGCCCGAGGGGAACCCCAAACCCGACAUCAUCGAGAGGGAAAACCCUUACCUCAUCUACGACGAGACGGACAUCCCRCAUGCCGCCGAGACCAUCCCCAGCGCCCCGCUGGCAUCCCCCGAGCCCGAGAUCGAGCACUACGACAUCGACAACGCCAGCAGCAUCGCCCCCUCCGACGCUGACAUCAUCCAGCACUACAAGCAGUUCCGCAGCCAUGCKCCCAAGUUCUCCAUCCAGAGGCACAGCCCGCUGGGUUUCGCCCGGCAGUCCCCCAUGCCCCUGGGCGCCAGCAGCCUGACCUACCAGCCCGCCUACGGGCAGGCCUUGAGGACGGCRUCCCUGAGCCACUCGGCGUGCCCCACUCCCAACCCCCUGUCCCGGCACAGCCCCGCGCCCUUCUCCAAGUCCUCGACAUUCUACAGGCACAGCCCGGCCCGGGAGCUGCACCUCGCCAUCCGGGAGGGGAGCCCGCUGGACGUGCACGGUGAUGUCUGCCAGCCUGGCAUCUUCAACUACGCCACCCGCCUGGGGAGGAGAAGCAAGAGCCCGCAGACCAUGGCGGGCCACAGCUCCCGCCCGGGAAGCCGCCUGAAGCAGCCCAUCGGGCAGAUCCCGCUGGAGACGGCUCCCCCGGUGGGGCUGUCCAUCGAAGAGGUGGAGAGACUGAACACSCCGCGGCCCAGGAACCCCAGCAUCUGCAGCGCCGACCACGGCCGCUCCUCGUCGGAGGAGGACUGCAGGAGGCCCCUGUCGCGGACGCGCAACCCGGCCGACGGCAUCCCCGCGCCCGAGUCCUCCUCCGACAGCGACUCGCACGAGUCCUUCACCUGCUCCGAGAUGGAGUACGACCGCGACAAGCCYGUGGCCUACACCUCCAGGAUGCCCAAGCUGUCCCAGGUCAACGAGUCGGACGCGGACGACGAGGACAACUACGGCUCCAGGCUGAAGCCGCGGCGGUACCCGGGGCGCCGCGGGGAGGGAGGGCCCGUGGGGGCGCAGGCGGCCGGAGCUGCCGACGGCUCCCUGCCCGGGAAGCUGGGCCAGCAGGCAGCCAGCUUCAACUGGGACAACCUCUUGAACUGGGGCCCGGGCUUYGGGCAUUACGUGGAUGUUUUCAAAGAUUUGGCAUCGCUUCCUGAAAAAACAGCAGCAGCAGCAGCAGUGGGUGACGACAGCAAAGGUGGCGCGGCGAAGGCUGUGCCCAAGGAGGGGGAAGCAGAACAGUACGUAUAGGCUUUGUCUCCUGGCAUCGCCUCCGURCAAAGCCACGGGGAACUGCUCGAACCAUUAUAUGGUUGUGGAAAAGCCAAGGUCAGCGUCUGAACCCCAGGCCAGUCUGGUUGGAGGAGACUAAAAAUAAUAACCAUUAUGCUGCUGAAAGAGACUUAAGACAUUUUUAAUUUAAUUAUGCUCGGAUGAAUUUGUUUCUCCUGCAUGCGUUGUACUUGCAAACCAGAUAUUCGGCAUGCAGCCUUUGGAAAGGGUUUCCUAUUUACAUUGUUUGGUUCGUGGUUCUUAAAUUAAUAAUGCUUUGUUCUGAAAAYGAACUAAUUUUUUGUUCCAGUUGUGAAGGAUGUGCAUAUUGUCUCCAGCUACUAACAUGUUUUACGAUGCAAGAGUAUUGAGGAUUUAAUGUUCCUUMAGAAGCUCGUGGAAGUGAAAUGGUGAAUGAAGGAAUUGCAGUAGUAAGGUGUCUCAGAAAAUGUCGUUACCAUAUCCUGCAGUUGCUCACAUGUGACUUUCUGGAUGAAAUCAGCUUGAAUAAUUGCUGGCAACAGUGCUUGCUGUAAGUCUUAUUCCAUACAAGAGGUGCUAGAAGCAGCUCAAGCCAGUCAGCACUUUAGGAGUUUUUUACCUUUUCAGUUUGUUUAUUUGUUUGUUUCAGGUUUCUUUCUUUUUUUUUUUUUUUUUUUUUGGUUUUCUUGACAAAGUUGUGUGAGAGCUUCUGAAUCUCUAUAUUUUUGGGGAUGCUUACUUAAUCCUGGUCCCUUCCUGCCCCCCCUCAGUGGUUCCUGAUUGUCACUUGUCAGCCCAGCCUGGCUCGCAGCAGCAGGAGCGAGGGACAAACCCCUCCAUUCCUACAUCUCCUGGCCUCUCAGCUUGGCUGCUGCUGCAGCCUGUGCUUCUCCCCUGGUUCCAUUUUCCCAUCUGUGCCGUGGAAAAGUAGGAAAAACACUUAUUUCCCUGCCUCACAGGGGUGCUGUGAGGGCUAAUUAGUUAACUCGUCUGAAGUGCUUCGACAUUAUCAAGCACUAUAAUAAGUAUUAUCAUAAUUAUUAUUACAGCACUGCCUAGCCUCUGUGACCUUGGAGUGGCAUUUUCUGCAUUCUACAAUUUUYUAUGGUGGAAACUUUGAAGAAUUAUUUAUUGUAUAGAAAAUUACUGCACUCUAGCAUUUUGCAGCGGAUAUGAGGGAAAACUACUUGUAGAUUCAUUAAUGUAGCUUUAUCUGUUGCCCCCAAUUCCCUGAAGUUGUAGGUAAAAUAGAACUUCACAAAGCCCUUACAUCUUCAUGCAGAUCUGAUGAACCUAUUGUACUGUGUAAAAACUUCAAUUUUUUUGUUUUGGUUUUUUUUUUUACCUAAGCCGUGUUUUUAUAUCAAUAUUUUCCUAUGCUGAAUAGUUUUCUUACUUUCAGGGAAGGUAAGAAAAAUACUUUUUUUACAUUUGUUACUUAUGUAACAUCCAUAUUUUUCACAUUUUGAUAAAAUUGUAACAUACUGUAUGCUUUCUACCUGUA